AUGCAGUUGACGAAACUCCUCCCCAUCCCAUUAAUCCUCGGCCAUGCCGUCGAUCUAGCAGCCGGGAUCCCAGCAAGCCCCCCCAAGUCCGCUGCUCUAGCCCCGGUAACAGUCGCAGCGGCGUAUCCAACCACGACCACCAAGAUCUCAACCACCACCAAGAGCUCGACCACGGUGAUCCAGUUCAUAAACCCUCGGGUGGUAACCAUCUUCACCAUCAUAACCGCCACCACCCUCAUCCCAGGCCCCGUGACGGCCCUCCCCGCCACCGUCGUCGAGACGGUCAUCUCCCACAUCACCUUCGAGUACCGCACCAGCUACUCGGACAGCGGCCCCAGCACCUCCGUCUCCACGGCCGUCAUAACCGUGCCCUCGACCUGGAUCGUCGCCCGGCCGCAGGCCACCGACCUGGCGGCGGGCACGUCGGCCGACGCGCUGCCGUGCGACGACAACAACUGCGCCGCCGCCGCCACGAAGGCCGCGGCGGUGGCGGACCCGCGGUGCGACGCGCUCGGCCUGGAGACGGGGUGCCAGGGCCAGUGCGAGGAGCGCGACGACGGCGACGGGGGCGCGUGGUGGUGCUACCAGCUGUACGUGGCGGACUACAGCGAGGCGAGCCUGCGGAUGGGGAGGGCAUGCUGGGGCGGGGGCGACCGGUACGAGCAGCUGAACACCCCCUGUGUCGCGGGCGAUCAUAAGGUGGCUUGUACGCCGUGCCAGGGCCUGGAUAGCUCGUGGGGGGCGCUGAAUUGGACGGGGCCUGCUGAUAACCCCUGA